AGAACACAUAAUCUGAUGACGUAUUGCACCGGAAGUGUGGAAAAACGCAUCAGUGGAACGUUGAGCGUUGCUAGAAGGUUGGUGGCGGUAGUUGAGAUCUUUUAAGAUGUUCUCCAAGAGCACGAAGCAGAUGUUGAGGAAUGUUAUCCGACACACAGGAACACACAACAAGAUCGUGGAGGAGACGGAUAUGUGGAGUCAGUGGAACAUACAAAGAGAACGCCAGGGAAAGGCCUCCCGGAACUCUUUCUUGUUUGACCAGCGGUCUGACAACUAUGAUGACCGACGUCGUCGUGGACACCGCACUGCCCACAUGGACAGCGGGGACAGUGAUGAGGACAAACAGAAGAGCACAUACUGGUCCAGGCAGCUGCAGAAGGCUGAGGCAUCUAAUCCUGACAGAUGGGGACACAGUGGAUUCAAGGAACUGUACCCUGAUGAUUUCGCCAGCGACCGUUCUGGAGGGGACGAGAAGAAAAGUAGAAAGAAGAAGAAAAAGAAAGAAAAGAAGAGAAAAAAGAAGAAAAAAGAGAAGAAACACAGGACUAAACACCACAGUGACAGUGACUCUGAGCGGGAGAGGGACGACCGUGUGCACAGACCAUCGUUCAGGGCAAAGUCUCCCAGCACUCUCAACAUGCGGGACAGAGUAAGUGACAGGAACUAUCGGGAGGGUAGGAUUGAGGAUAGAGAACCAAGAAAACGGAAAUAUUCUUCUUCAGACUUCUCAGAGAGCAGUUCCUUUGAACCAGUGAGAAAAGAAGGAAAAAAAGAACAAGACUCUGUCAGGGAAAAUGGAGCGCAUGAUUCCUCGUCUUCUGAAUCAUCUGAAAGUAACACUUUCCGUCAGCCAAUCAGAAAGAAGUUGAAGUCUCGCAAACAUGGACUCAGGGAAAAUCAUAGUCACAGACAUUCUGAUCGAAAGAAGAGGAAGAAAUGGAAGAGCUGAUUGUGUAUCCUGCUGGCUUUGUCAUGUGUUUAAUGUGAUAAUGGAGAGGGGCAUUACAACAGACCUGUAGCCAUGUUUCUGUUUUCUCCUUGGUAUUUUGUGGUGGAAUGAAUUACCAGCUACCAAGACUUCUUGUAUGGGGUGGCUAAAUAGAUCCUACCAGGCUCGAUAACUUUAAUUGUCAUUGUUACCUGACAAUGAGAUAGGGUUCAUAAUAUCAAUGUUUGGGUAUAGCAGUAGAUCCUGAGACAAGUUCCUGUUCUUCUGUAGGGGUUCCCUGGUGGAAUUGGUCCCUAAUGACCUUGGUUUGUUGUAAAAAGUGACAUAUUGGAUCGGGUGUCAGACUCAAUGAUUUUCAUUGUUCUUGUAGCCUGACUGUGGUCAAAUCACCGGUUUGUCUGGUCCAGACUACAUCAUAUACAGGUCAAAGACAAAUACUCAGGAUCCAUCACAUACUUUGUCUCACAGGGUUACGUCACUGUGAUGUAAAUAUUGAAACAUUCUGCCAGUACUUCUAACAACAGCCUUCCACCUGGUUCCAACACAAGGAUCUCAGUGCUGUGGCUCCAUACUUCAGGGAAGCUGGUGGGGUUACAGCAUUCUCUGGUCACGCUGAAACCGUGAGGGUUCGAUUCUCCACAUACGUGCAAUGUGUGAAGUCCAUUUGUGAUGUCCCCUGCCAUGAUACUGCUGGAAUAUUGCUAAAAGUGGCAUAAAACACGAUUCACUCACCCAUAUUUCAGCCCAUGACAGUUAUCACAGUAUUUAAUUCAUUAAUAUACAAGAGUGCCAACGUUAAUGAACUCGCUGAUGCUCUGGAGCUCUAUCCAUUUCCUCUGUCUCUUAUUGUUGUAAUUCCAGAGUUUCUAGAAACGUGAACACAUUGAUGAUACUACCCUGUACUGAUGCAAACUCACAUGGCUACUCUCUUGAUUCAGUGUCAGCCAGAACUAGGCACUAAAUGCUUAUAGAAUGUCUCUUGGUCACAAAUUGUGUUUGCAUGAAUAUAAUUUAUGAAAUUUAUACUGUCAAGAGCUAAACAGAUUUUUGACACUAUUUUGUUGUGCAUUGGGACUAAAUUGUAAUUAUAGCAUCACUUAUUUUGGUAGCAAAUGAGGCUAUUCUC